AUGGCAUUCUCCAUAUCUUCCUCCUACGCCAAGCUCCAAGCCAUCACCGAUUUGACUCCUUCAUCGAACAACGUCCUCUCCUCUUCCGCAGCCCUGGAAAGGGCGGAGAAGAGCCUCCCCUCCUCGCUCCCAGCAUGCUGCGGCCGGGGCGAGGCCGCCACACAGAAUCCCAUCUCCUCGCGGACCGAUCCUCCGCACUCUGCUAGCGGGCGGAAGACCUCGGCGCACUACUACGGCUUCGUCACCGGCGGCGUCUUCCCUCAUCGCGAAAGCCGCCGACGACAACAUCACCUCCUCCGGCAUCCCAAGCCUUACAGCUAUGGUUUCAUCCUCACCCGCUCCCGCGAAAUCCUCCUCUCAAUCUUCCAGAACCUCAACGUGGCGUACCUGUCGUCAGGAGGGCCACCAUCGCCACUCAACACCGGGCUCGAAGACUCGCGCCGCUUCCGGACCCUGCCUGUCUAUACGCCGCGUCUCCCAGUUCCUGAGCGCGUCCGAGCAUUUCGAUCUGCUCGCCCGCAGCCAGCUCCCAGCUGCCAGACCCGAGCGGCAUCUUUCCCUGCUCCAAGGACAUGCAUAUCAUCGUCCUGUUUAGAGCCAAGGGACCAGACGCUCAACGAGGUUCUGGUGGAGAGGAUCAACCGCUCGAACAAGAUCUUCGUACGUCUGCGGUACGUUGGUGGGAAGGAGAAUCCGCGUGCCAAAUUGCGGUGA